GACACGCCUGUGUUUGUCAAGCAGGUGUUUGUGUGUCGGUGAGUGUUUCUGUCAUUCAACCACCACACUUUGUUCAUCUGAAGCGGAGAAGAAGCAAACCCUCAAUUCUCCUGCAGCAGCAGCAUCAAACUAACAGAAGCAACAUGAACAUGCAGACUGCAGAAGCCGUGUCAUCGACUAUAAACACCAACCGAAACUGUACUGUGGAGAUCACCAAUAUUAGCUCCGCUUACUGUCUUAUCAAUCCAAAAGUUUGUAUGACCAGUGGGUUCAGUUUCCAUCCUCCUCAACCCACCAUCCGCACCGCCAAGACCGAGGUUUGCUCUUUCACCAAAGAUGAUAACACCGCCACUGGGGCUGUGGGCAUCUUGACCUACGACCUCUUCCACAUGCAGAACCACAUGUGCACUGAGCGCAUGGCCAUUCUGUUCUCUGUCCCCUAUGAUUAUCACCUCUACAAGAACGUCUUGGGCAUCGGCAUUUUUGAGAGCAGCCGGGAAUGCGACAAGGCCCUGUACAAACACAUGUAUGAGGGGAAAGACUUCAGCCAGUUCACCCGGGUCGAUGCAGGAGGAUCUGGAGUCCUGCACAGGGGAAAGAAAGUCGACUUAAGAGUCACCAUGUCUACUGUGGGCAAGGCUAUUAUUAAGCUGGAGGUGUACGAUAAGAUGGGCUAAAUAAUAAGCAGAUUUAGUAUGGCAUUAACAGAAUAUAUUUAGUUAUUCAUUUUGAUCUAAUACUUGCAUAAUUACAUGCAAAAUCAUGUAGCCAUGCAUGCCAUUGUGCUUUCAAAUAUUGGUGUAACUUUUUGAUAUCUGUACCUGGAUUUAUGCUCUCCAUUUUCCUUUUAAUGUUCACAAAAACUUGUCUAAAUAAAAGAAAUCACUCAUUCA